AUGGCACAAAUUGUAGAUAUGACCUUCACGGCAGAGGAAAACGAUCAGACGGAAGCUCUCGUACCUGCGACAACAACCGCGACGAGCCGAUGGAGAUGUCAAGUCGAUGCCUCAUGGUCGGAGACAAGCGAUGGCAUAGGGAUGGGGUUUGUUCUGUUUGAACAGGAAGUGGAAGUGCUACGAGGACAGUGCAAAGGGCCACAAACAGAAUCACCACUACACGCAGAGACAAAAAGCUUAUGUUGGGCGAUGACGGAGGUAAGCGAACGCCGGGUGUUGCGAGUUAGCUUUGAAUCGGAUUGCCAGCAGCUCGUGCACAUCAUCCAGCAGAACAAGCAAUGGCCUGCUCUAGACGCAGAACUGGAUGAAGUUGAAACCAUGAAAUCUGCAUUUAAAGAGUUUUCUAUAUCAUUUAUUUCGCGCUCUGCAAAUGUCUGUGGGGAUGGUCUUGCUAAAGACGUCCGAUCACGAGUGCAACGCUCUAGUUUCGUAGAGGUUAAGGAUCCACUAAGGUUAGCCAUAGAGGCUAGCUUGUAUGAAACAUUUUAA